UAUUUUACGCUGAGAUUCAAAUCGAUAAAGAAAAAGAAAAUAGUAUUCGGUUUGGAUUUUCUUCUGACUGGAUUAUACGGACAAAAAUAAUUAAAAACAAGUACAGUGUGCGGUAAUCCUUUCGCUUUAAACGCUAUUUAAAUACCAGUGAGAGAUUUCAAGCGCACCAUUGUCGACCUAGUCAGAUUGUAACUCUCCAAGCAUAAAAGCUUUCAGACAGAAAAACCAUGAGUAAGAACGCCAGUGUCGGGUUGACAUUCAAGGAUGACAGAGAUAGAGAUUUCACUGAUACAAAUGACGAUCCAAGACAGAAUUGUCGCAUUAUGGCCGUAUAUCAAGGAGGUCAGGUUGAUGGACACUUCCUGAAGUUCCAAAAAAGUACUUUGACUUCAACUGCAAGCAACGAUGACACAAAAGCUUACAUUAGAAUCCAAAGCGCCUUUACAACAGAAGUAUCCGAUAAGUUCUCACUUUGGGUAAUCACUGACCGAGAUUCUCCAACCAAAGCCUUGAAAUUGAAAUCUCAUGACGAUGGUUCAUAUUCCUUCACUGUUGAGGACGAACCAAAGAUUGCACUCCUCGACAGGGUAAGCGAUACCGUGGCUGACCUAGGUGAUUUUCUGUUCAAAAAAUUCUCUUUAGCAGGAACAAGCAAGUUUUACCUUACUUCGUAUACCAAUACUACCGAUGGGAAGUCACUGUUGUUGGCUGUUGAUGGAGAUGGUCACUUACGAAUGGAUAAUCCUCCAACUGUUGACGAAAACGAUCCUGUCUCCGUUGCUAGUGAUGACAAGAACUUAUUCGUUCUUGUCAUAACCUAAAGACAAAGYAAACGUCUUAUCUUUGUUUAUUUUUCUCUAUAUAGAGAUCUAAAUUUGACUUUUUUUCUUUCCCUUGCCAACGAGGAUUUUUCUCCGCGUUUCCUGGUUGGUUAACUUUGUUAACAUGUACUUUAAUAGUUGUCACCGAGGUUAAAUGUUAUGAUUGUUGUUGAUCGAUACAGGAUUUGUGAUAAUAAUAUAAUACUUUCAUAAGUUAAUACAUGUAUUGGUAAAAAUGGGGUAAACUACAAACACUUUGAUAUUUAAUAUACUAAAUAAAAAGGAAAAAAAAAGAAUGAAAUAAAAAGUAUGUUGCAUUACGUA